UAACCAAAAUUUUGUUACAUUUCAGAUAUCUCUAGAAUUGUAAUAUUAUAUUGUAUAAACAUCAUCAUGGUGAGAAAUGGGAAAUUAUAUCUGGAAACCUUGCACGAAGGAAAUCAGUUGUAUCAGGAACUUUAAUCAGAACAGAUCUCGUCCGUUAAUAUAGAAAUGGCUGUUCUUCACAGAGCUUUAUUUACUUGGUUCAUUACUCUCAUCUUUCUCAUCCUUAUAGUUCUCAGGCUAGACCAGAGAGUCAGGUGGUCCUGGUUUAUAGUGUUUGUACCAAUGUGGUUGUAUGAUUGUAUUCUUCUGGUUUAUCUCAUCUUUCUCAUGGGGUCUCACAGGAGAACUUCUAAUGACAGGUGGCAGCGAGGAGCAGCCAGGCAUAUUUUUUGUUUUGUCGGCCUUAUUCUCAAAGUCACAGCCGAAAUUCUACUUUGCCUCAAGUUGGAGGGAAGUAUCUUGAACCUGUACUACGUGAUGAUCCCUGUGUGGAUGGGUCUCCCUGUCCUCACUCUGGACGUGUUCCUCUCUCUCUUCCAGACUGAUAUUCUAGAGUUCUGCUCCAAUAUCCGGGACAGAUGACAGGAUCCGGAGAAUACAGGAGUAGAUCCGUCUCCAGCCAGUAUACCUGAUACUAUUAGUUAACCACUGUGGAAAUUUUAUAGUAGUAUAUUUUACUAAUGGGGUAUUCAUCAUCAAAAAAAUAUUAUAAACGUAAUUGUAAGUGACCCUUCAUUGAUGGAGUGGCUUAUCCUAUUUAAAUGGUGCACUUGAAAGUUUUGUCUGAUCAAGUGUGAAUUAGAUUAGAUAUCCAUGUUUUUGUAAACUUUUAAUUUUCAUUUGGGUUU